AUGGCAGAAGCUCGAUUGCUUUAUCCAAAGCUGGCAGUUUUCGGAGCCUCGGGACCGACUGGACAGGAGGUUGUUAAACAGGCUCUAGCAAAAGGUCAUUCAGUGACAGCAGUCGUAAGAAGCCCGGAUAAAUUCACGCUCAGGUAUUUUAGAUUGGGUCUUCGGGAACACCUUGAUAUUGAAAUAACCGCCCAUGUUAGCCUUUAAAGCGCUUUAUGGAUUUAAAACUCUAUACCCUUAGGAACCAGCUAAAGCUGGUACAGGGGGUGGUGGGUUAGAGUUAGGAGAGUUCUAAACUAAAAAUGUCUGUAGAAGGAAGAUGCAAUAAAAUGUCAACUGAUUUUGAUGAUAAAUUGCUGUUAACGUUAUUAUGCUGAGUUUAAAAUAGUUAUGUUCAGCAUUAGCAAAUCCAAAAAAAGGAUUCUUUAUCUCCCCCUGAUUAAACUGGAAUUUCAAAAUCUCAGAGUUAAUUAAGGUAAGAGUUAGUUUGGGUAGAGGGGUGAUUCAGGGCGGACAGCAGUCGUAAGAAGCCCGGAUAAAUUCACCCUGAGGUAAUUUAGGUUGGGUCUUCGGGAACACCUUGAUAUUGAAAUAACCACCCAUGCAUAAUAGAGGGUUCUGCUGAUGGACUCGCGAUAGUUCAACAAACGUACAUUGAGUUGAAGUAAGACUUAUCACGAGUUUCACAUGAAAUACAAAUGAAUGGUGAUAAGCUCCUUGUGAUACAACGGCAAUGGUUGAAACGUCUGGGUCGUGCGGCUAAGUUAUUCCUUUAUGCAGGGAGUGUAUUUUAGUUGGUUUGUUUGCUUAAAAAGUUGGUCCGAAUAUUGCAAUUCUUAUUUUGAUUUUUUUCUCUAGAAUCGUCUUUUCUUCAUCUUAAUCCAUUAGUAAAUUAGUAGCACCUUUUUUCUUCGUCUCUGAAAAAAAACAUGCAAUUCUGUUUUGAGUAUUGUUUUCAACGGAUGAUCCUUUAAGAAGAAUUGUCACCUUUAUUAGUCUCGCUUGCUUUUUUAGCCGUUUUGGUUUGAAACAGGGUAUCAAUUUCGACCAUUUUGGUCUGAAACAGGGUAUGGUUUGUGCCUUCUAGUCUUGAAUUGGGUAUGUUUUUUAGAAGAAUUAGCCACUUCUUCAUCAUUUGCUGAUAAGACCAUUUCCCUUUUAAUGUUUACGCCAAAUACAGUGUACGUGCCGUGCCGCAACAGCUUGUCAUGCGCUCCGGUCACGUGCCGGGCCCCAGGGCUUCAGGUCUGAAAUAGGGCAGGGAAAAUCACAGAUUUUGCUCUGAAAUAGGGUAAGGGUUUCAGGAAGCGUGCUGCACACCCCACCCAAUUUUUCUGGAAGUACCCCCCGGAAUUUUUGAUCCGUUUUGAAUUGGGUAUGUUUUUUAGAAGAAUUAGCUACUUUUUCAUCAUUUGGCGAUAAGACCAUUUCCCUUUUAAUGUUUACGCCAACUACUGUGUACAUUCCGUAACAGCUUGUCAUGCGCUCCGGUCAGUACCGGGCCUGGGCCGGAAUCCUGCGGGGGCAAUAAUCACAGGGCUGAAAUCCGACGCGAUACUUUCCGUUGUUGACAACGCGUUGAUAACGCGUUAUGAGUUUCAAGUAAGCCAGGCCAAAUUGUAGCAAAAUUCGCUUACAUUCUGCUUCCCCAAAUUAAGUACGAUUGUUUUGAUAUUUCUAAAUCAUUUCUAUGGCUGUAAAAAGCCUUCUACAGACACAUCAGAUAUAUGAUUGAGAGCACGUCACGCAACGAGUUCAAACGAAGAUUUUCGUAUUUUCUCGCCACUUUCCGUGCUACAAUCGGAUCAGUGGCACAACAAACGAUAUGAACAGCGGUUUACUCGUAAGAAUUGAAGAUGGCGACGAAGAAAACAGCGCAGCGCGACGAAAAUAACGGGCGAAUUAGGGGCAAUUUUGCGGCUGUGUUGGACCGCACCAAAAACAAAUCGAUGUAAAAAGAUGAGGAUUUAUAAUACCGCGCUGAAACUUGCCAGGUUUAUUCACAUGAUGUAAAGGAAAAAUGUAUUGAAUUUCCGGCAAUUCCCGGAAUAUUGUGGAAUUUUUGCAGCGGCCUGAAGUUACAGGGCAUUACAAAAGAAUUCCACCUCUAUAUCUCAGGAAAUAUUUACUGGCUACUGCCGGGAAUUUAAAGGUAAAUGAACAAACUAAUUUUCUUGUUAUUCCUAGCUGUCGAGAGAAAGCCAGAAAUACGGAAUUAUUGAAUUUUUGAGCCUGCGAUAUAAAUCGGAAAUAACACCUUUAAUAUGUGUGAAAAUUGACACCUCGCAUAUCAAUUUUCUGAAAGCUCAGUUCUCGCUUGAUAGGCCUGUGUAACUUUUAUUUUGCAAAAUUUCUAAUCAUUUGAGAUAUAAAUUUUUCAAAUGGAAGGGUUUAUAGCAGAUCUAAUACCUUACUAAAGUUCAUUAUUAUUUAUUAUCAUGUUUCUUGUAGAAUUAAUCGCCUCCUCAUUUUUCUAUCUAAUCUCCAAGCAGGCGAGACGGGCAUGCCGCUGUAGGUGCGUGCUUGUUCAAAAUUAUCAAGACCUGCAACUUGGUACCUCUUGCUUUCCAGCACUUUGCAAACUGAAAUUUUAAAUUUUUGUGGAAUUUUUGCUUUAGCCGCUUCUUAUAGGAGUGAAGAGUAGGUUAGCCGGGUCUCUGGUCCAGAGUUGGGUGAAAAAGGAUAAACAUCAAUCUCCUCUGGACUGUGGUGACAGAAAGACCAAUUUGCAUAUGGAAGCGUUUAACGAAAGAAAUGUAAAUAAUAAUUUACUGUGUACGGACAGAAGACUCUCUUUAGGAUCUGCGUAGACGCUAAUGCGCAUAAUUUACUGAUCUAGUAAGGUAGUCUGAUUUGUCAGCCGUCUCCACCCCCUAAUACAACACGUGGCGGUUAUUCGGGGCUUUGUACUUGUUAAAAAAAAAUGGAUACGUGUUUUUGCAGUUUUUCAUCUUAAUAGACUGAUCAUGAUCAUGUGCAUGUUCUUGGGCCAUAUCACUUUGUUUACCUUUAAAGGUGACCGAGAGUAUAUUUUUUGUUUGGUUGAUCAAUCUAAAAUAUCCAAUGUCUGGUGUUGGCCUUAUUCUGCGGUCUAAAGGCCAGGGCCGUCAGGCUGAUUUUUUCUAAUGCCUGGUUCUCAUAUGCGGCGAAACUACCUGAGCCAUCGCUUCCACCGAGGAUGCUGUUCCUACAAAUGAGAAGAUACACCACUCAGAACAACAACGACUGGAAUCGCCUGUAAUACAGCGACUCCUGGCUGUAUUGGGGUUAUAUUGCGGGCAGCUAGUUCUCCUUUUACGGCGAUCGAGUGAAGCGAGCCGCGCGAGAGAACGCGCGAGCGAGCGGCGAAGGUUCUCGCCCCGUAUCCUUUGGCUUGCCGCUCACAUUUGACUUGAGAGGCUACAGUUGUUUAUAAAAUAACUAAGAUAGUACGCACGCUUUCAGGCUAUGCAAACACUGAAAACGUUUUCUAUUGCUUAAAUCCCAGAAGAAACCAAUGUUAACUGAGUGCCAUUAUUAAAUUGCAGUCAUGACAACCUAGAGGUUGUUAAGGGCGAUGUGUUCCAAGCAGAUUCCCUUUUUCCUAUUCUUGAGGGCAAGAAUGCUGUGAUGUCAUGCCUUGGAUUUCAUAGUGGAACUUUUUUCAACCCAACAACAUUGUUCUCCAAGUCCAUAACAGAAAUAAUCACAGCCAUGGAAAGGUACUAACAAUUUAAUUAUGAGUGAAAUGUGUCCGCGAAAUAACAUGCGUAUCACAACCCCUCUUUCGGUAUUCAAAUGAUAUACUGAGUUCAUUUUAUUUUUUUGCAGCCAUUUAAUUGUAAAACAAUCCUAUUACUGGACAAUUAUAUUUUUGCUAUUUUUGUCGGUUGCUGUUGUUGUUGUUAUUGUUGUUAGUAUAACUUUAUAGGGCGAGUUUAUAAAAAAUUCAAACUUCAAAUAGAUUGUAGGGUAUAUUUGUCGGUUAAUAUACCAAAAUCAGUCUCUCUUUCAGUUAGCACUGUACAAUGUUGUACAACAAAAUUUCAUUUUUCGCAUUUCUCGCCGUAAACAUUUCAUGGCGAUUAUUUCAACUCACUAAACUGGUCACCAUCGUAAUUUCUUGAAACUCUCUAUUGAUAAAUCAUACCCCACAUGUGACCCUGCAGGGGCACCCAACGAUAGUUUCCUCCUAAAUGCAUUGAAAACACUUUUUGGAAUAUCCAGAGUACUUUUAGAUCGGCAGGAAUACAUUUCAAGUGGCACUACCAAAUAUUCAUCUGUUCGGUCAUCCUAAGGCAACUUGGCCUUUACCGAUGAUUAGGAGAUCAUUAUUCAUUUUGUCGAAAAUUUCAGAUGCUAUCUUAAGUUUUAUGAAGGUGAGAAUUUUUCCGAUUUUUUCAUAUUUCCAUUAUACUUUCGAAUCCCAAAAGUUUAUUUUCCUUUUCCUGCGAACAAUAGACUAAACCUGGGCAAUAAAAUGUGAAAACAUGAAUCAAGCGUCAGAAAAUUGUAGGGAUGUAGUUAUUGUAUAUAGGUUCAAAUGUCUGGAACAGACGUCUUGAAAGCCGUUUGUUUCUCCUGACCUUGGUUCCAUAAAGCACAAAAGCUUAGCCUAUUUCCGCUCCAAACAGUCUACACUCAAUCUGCACUCAAUUCCAGACCAAAAGGGUACUUCUGUAAAAGGCGGGAAUUUGGCGCGAAACUCACCCACCGCUGUGGCUUUUGAUUGGACGUGUCAUUUUUCUCACACGUGAAAAAUCAUGGUUCGCGUUUCUGAUUGGACGUAUCAUUUUUUUUUUCACGCGUGAAGAAUAUUGUUGGCUUCUCUGAUUGGCUAGAACGUAUUUGCCUAUGAAAAUUUAAGACAUAGCAUUUUGGUGAGUGUGGUAAUAAUAGAUAGCUUUCUGGAGGAUGCUCCGAGGAGUAGCUCUCUUGCGUAUCUCAAGUACUUUCUAACACUCAUAAGUGUUACUUACAGGAAUGGAAUUGAGAGACUGGUCUGUAUUACUGGAAUUUACGCUCAGAACGACCCAGCCAAUCCCAGAUGGAUUACGUUGCUUAGACCGUUUAUGAGAGCCUUUAUUAACGACGUGGUUUUGAUGGAGAACACUGUUAUGCAGUCGAAUCUCAUCUACACUAUUAUGAGGCCUCCGUUUUUAACCAAUGGUAAGUUCCUCUUUGACAAGCCUCCCAUGCAGACGUUCUUGGUCUUGGUCACGCGUUCUUUCCCCACCAACAUUUGUUGGGGAGGAUUGCGUGACGUCUGCGUGGAAGGCUACCCUUUGACGUGAUGAUCGUUUUUAUUUGUGAUAUCUGUUAUCUCUUUUUGUAAUGAAUAUUUAAAGAGGCUGUGUCACGGCUGUCUUGUUCAUUUUGUUGAUACUCCCGAUGUCGAUUAUUCGCUAUUGUGGACUUAGCAUUAGCGAAGAAAGUACUUGUAAAUGAGAAAAUCACAACUUCGUGUCAAACAAAUGAGUCUCCUAAAGAUCAUAUCAAGCGUUACAAACGACAAAAAUGAACUUUGAAAAACUGUUAGUCUAAACAAGUUUUCAAAUACAGCAUUGCAAUGAAGUUGUCAUUUGUGCCUUUUUGUGUAUUUGCUGUGUUAUUUAUACCAUCUUGUUAAGUUUUGAGCGGCUUUUUUCAUGUUUCACUCAAUUUGGUGAUAUUUUUAUCGUUUUAAUUUUAAGAACUGGUUUUUGUGACGCAGCUCCUUUAAAGAAAUAAAGAUAGAGAAUUAUUAAUAGAAUCGCAUAAUUGAGUAAAAUCUCGCAUUCUAAUUGGUUAACGAAGCGAGGUGUUUAGUGUGGAACUGCGAGUUGAAAACGCAUCUACGUAACAACUAUCGUCAAAUUUUAACACAACAACUCCAAAAAAGGUUUUCUACAAAUUCAUUUUAAAUGUUUUCAAAAUCAUUUUCAUGUUUUGAAAAGUUAAAAACAAACAAAAGCGUUUUUAAAAGUGAUCCGGAGGUUCUUUCUUGUUUUGAGCUAAACUACAAAUUCUUGGAGAGGCAUGAGAAACCUUUUUCGCUAGCGGCAACGAGAAAAGAAGAAAAUCCUGUGAACACGGCCCAGAAAAUGGUAAGCCAAAGUUCAACCAAACAAAGGGUACGCCGCUUGCAAUCGUCCUGAAUCGUGGUACUUAGAAAAGUACAAAACAGAGCUGAACUUGAACAGCAUUUCUAAAACACUUCAAGGUACUUACCUUAUAUCAAUCGCGACGUUAAACUUUCAGUGCUUUCCUUCACUUCAUUUCUUUCAGUUUUGCCACCGAAGAGGUAAAGGUGUAAAUUAUUUUCCUUCUCGAGCAAAUGACCAAUUUGAAAAAAGAUGUUAUAGAUGAACGGCUUAUAAAUUCAGUGAAAUACCUCUAUUCAUCAUUAUUAUUAGUGUGAAGCUUGUUUACAUGCAAAAAAGUUUGAAAACAAAUGUAAAAACAAGGACAAGGGACAAAAAAAGUUGUCGAAGGCUCAAACGUGUACGACCUUGCUUCCUAUUCGCUAACGCAAUGACAGUUCUGACAGUUGACUUUGAAAUGGCUUUCUGGAGCGCGCCCUGAGGAUAAAAACAAACAAUAUUAUUGCUGUUUUCUUUUUUUUCUGAUUUUUAUUCGAUUAUGCGAUUCAAGGAAAAUCCAUUACCUGACUCGUGAAUUCCACUUGAAAACCGAUAUCGCGCUCAUCGCGAUAUUGGUUUUCGCGUACAAUUUAACGUGGAAUUCCCUCGUCAGGUAAUGAAUUUUCCUAUAAAAUGGGUAGAUAACAAUCUCAUUCAUUGGCCCUGGCUACCAUAAAAUAUAGCGUCUUGGCAUUGAAUUUCUCAGUAACUGAUACGCUACUUUAGCAUCAGCAAAAGGUGCUUUUGUAAGAAUUUCGACUUAGAACACCUAAAACGUAACGAAAAGAGUUAACCCAACGUUUCGAUGAUGCCACGACAUCAUUAUCAAGUGACAAGAUAAAAAAAAAUUAGGCCGUGGUCAUUCUAAGAGCUUUCCAAUUGCCGGAUGACGCACAGGUGGCCCAAGCUCAGUGUGUGAGUUUAAUCAUUAAUACAUACAGUUUCAUACUGCGUAAUUUAAAAUGGACGUGAAUAUAAAGGACUUGUAAGGGAAUUCAGGUAAAAGAUUCAAGUAGAUAAAUACUCGCUAGAAUGUUCAAUAGAAUGUGUGUGGUUAUUUUCCCGAUCCAUUACGAUUUAAGCGAUUUCCUUUAACCCCGAGACUUGGGACCAUUUUAAAUUACCCAAUAUGAAACUACAUGUAUUAAUGAUUAAACUCACACACUGAGCUUGGGCUCCCUGUGGGUGAUGUAUAUGGUAAAAUGCAAUAGUUUGUAUUUUAAGGUAAAGAAAAGUUUCUUCCUUUCUUUAGGACCUGCAACUGAUAAUUAUAUGGUUGCCGAGGGCCAAUUCGUACCAAAUUCUUCUUGGACAUUGUCGCGAGCAGAUUUAGCUCAUUUUAUGUUGAAGUCGUUACAGUCAAAUGAAUGGGACAAGAAGGGCAUGGCGAUUGCUGGUGGAAAAUAA